CGUCCCAUUCAUCCACUUCACCACCCCACCACCAGCAACCGCAACCGGAAAAUCCCCAAUCCCCUCGGCUUCGCGGCGAACAUGUCGGGGCGCGGCAAGGGCGGCAAGGGCCUGGGCAAGGGCGGCGCGAAGCGUCACCGGAAGGUGCUCCGCGACAACAUCCAGGGGAUCACGAAGCCGGCGAUCCGGAGGCUGGCGAGGAGGGGCGGCGUGAAGCGCAUCUCGGGGCUCAUCUACGAGGAGACCCGCGGCGUGCUCAAGAUCUUCCUCGAGAACGUCAUCCGCGACGCCGUCACCUACACCGAGCACGCGCGCCGCAAGACCGUCACCGCCAUGGACGUCGUCUACGCGCUCAAGCGCCAGGGCCGCACCCUCUACGGCUUCGGCGGCUAGGCCGGCCACGUCUCGCUGUCGCUGUGGAUCUAGUGUUGCUCCAGUUCGCAAGUUGUCAGUUGUGCCUAGGUUGGGAAAAUGCUAGUUACUGUAGAACUGAGCAAUCAUCUGCAUAUGUUGUUGUCUGUUUCAUAUUGAAUCGUAUCCUGAAGAAUUGGUGAUGAUGAUGACUUGUUCAGGACUCCCAACAUCUGACUGCUUUCGUGUGUAGUAGUGCGAACCAUUUCAGUUCUUUUGCUGAACUUCAGACUUCAGUUCCAUGGGUUUAA